GUAUUUAACCUCAGGCGCGUGGGAGCGAAGUAGGGUUGUGCAACGGUUCAGCGCGCGGAGGAAAUAACUAAGUAGAUCGAUAGCUCGCUAGAUUAUUAUUAUUAUUAGAUAGGCGCUGUUAUGGGGCGGGUGUGGCGCGUUCUCUUCUUCUGCGUGCUGCUCUCGGGGGUCGCAGCGCAGCAGUGCCCUCAGAUAAUGGAACGCCUGGUGGACCAGGGGGUCGACCCUCAGUCCUUCGACCGCGGCGCGGGCUACUCCGGGCGCCUGUCCAACGUGUCCAGCAGCGCCGAGUGCAUGGAGGCUUGCUGUAAGAUGGAGGACUGUCACCUGGCGCUCGCGCAGCCCUCAAGCGACGGCCUCUUCGCGUGUUUGCUGCUCAGCUGUCGGAAGGGCGGACAGGACGUGUGCAGCCUGAGCCCCGCGAGCGGCGACACCGUGUACCUGAAGAAAGAGACGGCGCCGGAGAGCGGUGACUCCGUCCGGUCGGACACAGCAGCAGACAGGUGCAGAUCCCCCAUGGAGGUCGGGUUUUGCCGUGCAGCUUUUCCCCGCUUUUACUAUGAUGUGACAAAUCAGACAUGCAAGAUGUUUAUCUAUGGAGGCUGUGCAGGCAACCAAAACAACUUUGAGAAUAUUGAGGAUUGCCAGGCUGCCUGCAGUGGUGUUACAGGUUUUGUGGAACCUAGCAAUGCUACAUCUGGCCCUGCCUUCAGGAGAAUGCUUAUGAAUGACAAACAAGCUGCAACCCCUGAAGAAUCCCAGAAUGAGAUUACAACAAAGGUGUAUUCAGAGCACUGUGAGGCCCUUCCUGACCAGGGUUUUUGUCGUGCUGCAUUCCAACGCUACUUCUACAAUGCCUCUGCCCGCACCUGCCAGCUCUUUACCUAUGGAGGGUGCAAGGGCAACAAAAACAACUAUCUGACCAUGGAGGAAUGCAUGGCUGACUGUUCAGGAAAUAAUAUUCCCAAUGCCAUGAAGUCUACUGAUGAUAAAGAUGCUUGCACAGCAGCCUAUGAUGCUGGGCGUUGUCGUGCUAGCUUCCCCAGAUUCUACUUUGACCCCAAAACCAAAACCUGUCUGCCCUUCAUCUAUGGCGGUUGUGGUGGGAACAGCAACCGCUACAGUACGGUGACAGAGUGCAUGUCCAGAUGCACUGGAGCUGGAGGUCAACAUGAACACCAUUCAAGCCAUCCCAAUCCAGCCUUCUUCCUGGUGGCCACUUUGGCUAUAAUGUCAACUGUGCUGCUGGUGGGCUUUGUUCUGCUCUGGGUGCAAAGGGCAAGGGCUCGUCGCCAGACUCAUGAUGACAAGGAAGAGUUACUGCCAGAAGAUAAAAUACUGAAAGUAACAAGUGCAUGAAGAUGGCAUUAUUUGUUUUUGCUUAUUUUUUCUUUUUUUUUUCAGAGCAAACUGAGAAACCCUAUUUGUGCAAGUUUCACUCUUUUCAAUUGCUCAACUUUGGUUCCUUAAACCAGCAGUGCAUUUCUCAGCAGGGUUUAACCACCAAGCCACCUGCUGAAUCAGUAAAAGUGAUGUUUGCAUAAAUUUUUCCUUGAACCUAAACUCAACAGGCUAAUGUUUCUUGAAAGUACAUAUAUAUUUCCUGAUAGGAGGGGUACAGAUCUAAAUGGUACAGACAUGGUAAUGUAUGCAAACUGCCUUCAUGCUACAUUGAGCCUACCAUUCCAGGAGGACACUUCCUCAUAUUUGUGCAAGUCUUCUGGCCUGAUGAAUCCAUACUUGACACUCCUCUAUAGUUAGGUUCUUAUGUCCUGCAGCUGUUGCCUCUGAUUCUGUGGUAUUUAUACUCAGUAGCUGAAAGAGAGAAUAGGCAAUGAAUACAGUGCCUCACUGCACUAUGCUCUGUGUGAAUUGCAUAAAAACAGGCAACUCCCAAGUUCAACAAAAGAAAAUCUUUGAACAAGGUUUCCAGCAUCUUGCAUUAUGUGAAUUUAUAGAAAUUUUUUUUUUUUAAAUAUAUAGUUGGCUGGAAAACGAUACUAGUUCUUGAUACAUGUGCUGUGCUUACAUUUGACAAUAGCAGCCUGAAAAAAUGAUUUGAUUAAAGGUAUUCAGUGGAGCCUUUGGCCAGUUUUUCCUCCUCAGUCAGCAUAAUGAACUAUGACCACUAAUACUCCUUUUAGCUAUAGAAGCUGAUCCCCAGAUUGAUUUCAUUGCUUCUUUUGUUAGGCAUGUAUUGUGUAAAUAGCUGCUAUGUUAGUCAUAAGACAGUCUUCCUCAGGUAUGUGAUUAUGAAAAACACAGAUAAGUACUGAUCUUAAGUGCAAAUGAUUAGCAGGAAUAAAUUGGCUUGUUUCCACUUUGUGGAUUUAUUUAAUCUGAAGUGUCCAGCUUUUUAAGGUUUUAUUUUAAUGUCAGUUUCUCUGUAUUGACUUUUUUGGUCCUCCCCCUUUUCUUUUGGUUCAUCAUAAUGCAAUAAGACUAUAUAUACUCUGUCUGGUCUUCAAAUGUCUUAUUUCAGCAGAUCCAAUCUGUCUUAAAUCUUACAACUUCUCUAUUAAAAGCCAAAUGCAUAUUUUAGUAAAGACCUCUCCUGUGUAUACACCUUUAGGAAAAAGCACUGAUGGUUUCCAUCCAUGUUCUGCUAAUUGAGAAUACAGUCCCAAUAUACCAGAAUGGGCCUUAAUUGCACUGUCUGUAUUCUUGCUUUGUGGCAAACUUACUCAGUCUUUCUUUGGUUAACAGUUAUCUGAAAUAAAUGCCUGUGAAAGGUUCUUUAUGGUAAUUUCAGAGAAGUAGAUUUUGUGUGCUGAAUUUGCAUGCUAUUUGGUCCUAUUGUCUGCAGUAAUUUUAGUCAUGGUAACGGGUCAAUCAUUAUGGAUGCUCACAUUUAUUCUGACAUAAUUUUGUGUGACAAAAUUCCUUGAAGCAGUUUUAUUAAGGGAAGGCUAAGGGCACUAGUUCUUAAAUGUAACUGACACUUCUAGAAUCCUACUUGUCAAGAACACUCAUCUUUAUAAACUAAUUUCAUAACUGUUUUAAAACUGUUUUACACAUGUAGUAAUGAUUCUGAUGAAUUUGUCUAAGACUUCAUGACUAUGGAAAUAAAGUGACAAAAUAUGUAA